AAAGAAUGAAUCCAGAUGAGGUCAAUCGAGCCCUUGGGCACUACCUCAAUGACGCUGAUUCAGGCGAAUUGGUUGUCGAGGACAGCACAACUGUACAGGUGAAAAAUCCGGAAGCAAGAAAAACUGGCGACAAAAUCGAAGUGUUCUACUCCCGCAAAACAACGGUCGUUUCCCCAACAAAUUCAGACGAUGAAGACGCUGAUUUUUGCUCUGAUUCAGAGCUUCUUCCACAACAAGAAGGACAUCGAUCACGUGCCACGUCAUUUGCUGGAAGAAUUCGAGCUGGAAGUGAUGAUGAGGCAAUGCCAAAACAUACGAUUCUUAGAUAUCGUCGUAAAAAGGGAGGGCAAUGGCGUGAAAUAAACCUGCAAGGAACUCCGGAUAAACGGAAAGAUGAUGAAGAUGAACUGGAAGUUGACGUCAAAGAAGAUCGAUCCGAACAAACUGGAAUUGUGACAAAAACUUACGAAGCCCGUUGGAAAGUAUUAAAAUAUGAACAUUUACCAGAAUGGCUGCAGGAUAACGAAUUUUUGAGACACGGUCAUCGUCCACCUCUACCAUCUUUUUCGGAAUGUUUCAAGAGUAUUUGGUCACUGCACACGGAAACUGGUAACAUUUGGACACAUCUUAUUGGAUGCGUUGCCUUCUUUUUUCUCGCUUGUUGGUUUUUGACAAGACCGGAUAAUCAUAUUCAAUUCCAGGAAAAAGUAGUCUUCUCAUUCUUCUUCGCUGGUGCCGUUCUAUGUCUUGGACUCUCGUUCGCAUUCCACACUCUCUCGUGUCAUUCUGUAAAUGUCGUGAAAAUAUUUUGUAAACUUGAUUACAUGGGAAUCUCUUUACUCAUUAUUGGAUCAUUCAUUCCAUGGAUCUAUUAUGGAUUUUAUUGUCGGAGAGAACCAAAGAUUACCUAUAUUGCAAUGGUUUCUGUACUUGGAAUCGGAGCUAUAGUCGUCUCGUUGUGGGAUAAGUUCAGUGAAUCAAGAUUCCGACCGAUCAGAGCAGCUGUCUUUGUUGGAAUGGGAUGUAGUGGUAUGAAACUGAUAAAAUGUGUCAUCCCAACUAUUCACUAUAUAAUAACCGACGGAGUUCACUCUCUAUUUGCGGAUAAUUCAUUCCAUUGGUUACUUCUGAUGGCAUUCCUCUACUUACUUGGAGCUGGGCUCUAUGCCACACGAACUCCAGAACGAUUUUUCCCAGGAAAAUGUGAUAUUUGGUUCCAAUCUCAUCAGCUAUUCCACACCUGCGUCGUUAUUGCUGCAUUUGUCCAUUAUUAUGGUAUCUCUGAAAUGGCAUUUGCUCGUCUGAACGAACAAUGUCCAGUUAGAUAGAUUCAGUUGAUUCAUUCGGAUAGAUCAUCAUUCGUUAACUCACACAUCAAUCAUGUUUCUAUAUAUCUAUUUCCACAUUUUCGCUUUACUUGUAACCCAUGCACCCAAUCUGAUUUCUACGCUUUUCCAAAAAAUCCAAAUUAUCUGAGCUCUCUACUAGUCUGUACAAAGUCUAUACACAUCCACCCGUUUGCAAUUAGUUUUCCCAAUAUUUUCUUCUCCUUUUUUGGCUCAAAUUUUCCAGUAUUUCAUACAUUUCCCGUUGCUUCAUGUGCUCCCAACAACAAUCACUUCCAUCUGCGUACAGCUCGCCUUAAGAAAAACAAAAUGCAUUUUUUGGCCCCCUCUCCAUUUUCCUCGGAUAUUAAGAGUAAAAUGAUGAUUAUAAUAAAAGAAAAACGAAACUUUAUGUACCUAUUAAACAGAAUUAACGAAUCACAUAGAAUGAUAUUUAAAAGUAAAUAUUUAUACCAGUA